UUAUGGUCGUGAUCGUGGAGGUGCGCCUUCCAACUUUCAAAUUAAACAGUGUCCAAGUCAGAAUAAUUAUAGACAUUAUCACCAAUCGCACCAGCAAUACAUUAUUACAAACAAUUCUGUAUCAAAUAAGCAAGAAUCUAAUGUAUUACGUGAUUUAUCAAGCUCAUGUUUCGAGCAGUCAACUUCAUUUUUAAAUCAAACGCAACAAGCCACGACACCACUUAGUUCAAUACCAUCUGGUUUUGGACAAAAUAAUUCAGAAUAUGAAAUGACGAUUCAACCUGGAUUUGCGGCUUCACAAGCUGCAAUUGCUGCAACUACAACGCUUCUCUAUAAAAGCCAACAUCGACAAAAUGAUAUUGACAAACAUCAAAGCAACAACCAAAAUCAUGAAUCGAACUCAAAUUCUUCUAGUACAGGGUUAAAUCAAAAAAAAUUAUUGGAGCUUUACGAACUUGGAUUGCAUGAUGAUGAACCAUAUUUGAAACCCAUAAUAGAUUUCAAACUUGAUACUCCUGAAGCAAUCGCUAAAUGGAUUGAAGAUAGAAAAAGAAAUUAUCCAACCGAUGCUAAUAUUGCACGAAAGCAACAAGUAGAAGCUGAAAAGAUCUCACGAGGGCUGGUAAUAAAAGCUGAUAAAAAUGGAUUGAAACGCAAACUUAAACAAGACGACGACUAUUCGAAAAGGAAAAUUAGUAGGCAUGAAAUAGACGAAUUCGGUGGCCCAUGUGGAAUUACGGAUUUGGUAAUUGCGGCUGAAGCAGCUGGAACAACUCUUGAUUUGGACAAUCCGACGAACUUUAUUCCGGCUUAUAAGCCUACUUAUAAAAAUAAGAAAGAUUCUGAAUCUACAAAUAUUAUAGAAAGGUUUUAUAGCAAUAUCUGUAUUAAAUAUCGACCUGGUCACUGCCCCAGAGGGAAAAAAUGCGGAAAUCGACAUAGGGGAAUAAUGAUUUGCCCACCACUUCAACGCCCGCCAGAUCAUCAAAGAAUCCGCCAAAGGAAUCUUCGUGAAAUGUUAUUAUAUAAAGAAAAAUCACAAGAAAAGAACGCAAUUUUGCAAUGUCUCAGAUAUAUUGUUGAUGCCAAUUUUUUUGGUGUUGUCACAAAUGAUUCUUUGAAAAAUGCUAAAGGACCUUUAAUUGAA